UGAGAGCUCGGCAGUGGCGGCGGCAGCGGUUCGUGUUGUUGACAGGCCGGCUAUGGCUGCGGAUCAUCACCAGACGGGGCUGUGGGUGUUCGGCUACGGGUCUCUUUGUUGGAACCCGGGCUUCGAUUACGAAUGCUGCCUCGUCGGAUGCGUGCGUGGCUGGUCGCGGAAGUUCUGGCAGGGCAACACCACGCAUCGUGGAACUGAAGGAAAGCCCGGCCGCGUUGCGACGAUGGUUCAGGAGAAAGAGGGCGAGGUGUGGGGCUGCGCGUUCCUGGUGCGCGGCGAGGCGGCGCUGCCGUACCUGAAGGACCGCGAGUGCGAGCUGGGCGGCUACCGCACGCUCGUCGCCAACUUCGAGCCGCGGCGCGCCGACCGGCCGGCGUUCCCCGUGCUGCUGUACGUCGCCACGCCCGACAACCGACACUGGCUGGGCGACGCGCCGCUGCCCGACAUGGCGCGACACAUCGCCUCCUCCAGCGGCGCCUCGGGCCACAACGUCGAAUACGUGCUGCGGCUGGCACAAUUCGUGCGCACGAUAGCGCCGGACUCGGACGAGGAGCUGUUCGAGCUGGAGCGGCUGGUGGUGGCGGCGGUGCGGGAGAGCCGGCAGAGCGUGGAGGCGCUGAUGGGUGCGCCGCCCAAGCCGCUGCACUGCUUCGACGACUGCAGCGACAGCGACGCCGACGGAGACGGCGACGGCGACGGCCAAGUUGCCGGCGCGGGGGCGGGCCGCCACUUCACCGCCACCGUCCCCCCCAAGAAGCUGCGCUGCCUCAACAUGUAGGCGGCCGCCGCUGCCGCCACGAUUACAAGACUGAUUUUCUGUCGCGUCUCGUCGCUUCUCUGUUCGUCCGCUCGUCCGUUCCUCGUCUGCUGUCGUUUACGUCGCGUCGCUUAUCUAGUCUGUGCUGCACAAGCGAGAUAUUUAUUAAUCGCAAAAUUUUAUUUGCGGAUAAUUAAAGCUAUUUUUUAUUUUCGGAAA